AACAAGUUUUCUUUGGGUCCAUAGACAUGGUUGGAGCAUCACAGGCACACCAAUGUUACUAUUUCUGCUUCUUAAUUAGCGACCAAAAAAUACCCUAACAUGACGGAAAACGCACGCGACGGUAGUCGACGCACCCGAUCUCAAGCGGCUCCUGAAUGGACGGUAACGGAAUUACUCAUUCUUGUCAACGAAAUCGCUGCGGUGGAAGCUGACUGGUCCGUUCAGCUAUCGUCUUACCAGCAAUGGGAUAUCAUAUCGGAAAACUGCGCCGCCUUGGAUGUCGAUCGGAACUUGGCUCAGUGCCGUCGGAAGUGGCAAUCGCUUUUGGCCGAGUAUGAAGAUUUCAGAAAAAGACAAAAGGCUUCGUCCAGUUUGGAUCCUGAAUUGUUUGGUGCUAUUGAAAGAGUUGUUAAGGGGAGAGAAGAGCGAGGUGAAAUUGAUCGUGAAAGUGAUCUUGAUGCCAGUGUUGAAAUUGAAACUGGGUCCAAAAGAAAAAGACAGCGAAGAAAAUCUGAGAAACACUUGGUUCAUAAGCGAAAGGAAAGCCAUGAUGAAGAGCCUGGGAAUAAUCAUUUAGAAGAAGAGUAUUUGAAAGACUUCCUAGGAAAGAAAUCUAAAUUGAAACGAACUGCAAAAAGGCAACCAAAGCUCAUAGAGUCGUUGCCAUUGAAGAACCUUACCGAAUUAGAUGAAAGCCAUAAUAUUGAAAUGCCAAAGCCAGAGGAGAGUGUAGGAAACAUAACAAAUAAUCGUAGGGAAGAAAAUGAAGAAAUUUUGACUCUGAAAUUGCGAGAAUUGGCAAUAGAGAUUCAAGAGAUCAGUGCUGAAUCAGCUGACUGCAAGGAAGCUAACCCAGAGAAUAUAGAAGAUUAUCGUACCGAAUUUACCAGACGCCAAGGAGAUAAGCUCAUAGCAAGGCUGGGAAAUUUCUCCAACACCCUUAAGCAGCUAUGUGAUCUUCUCCAAGAGUGUAAAUGAAGAUUACCUUUUUUUUCCUUUGAUGAUUAUUUUUGUCAUUGUUAGUGAAUGAAUGCACAUGUUAAACAAAAAAAGAUUAGACUGUACUCAAAUUUAAUUGUAAUUUUGAUGUUAACAUCUAACCUCUUCAAAAAGAAUAAAGGGUCGUUGCAAAAUUUAUUUGUUGCUUCUGUUAUUAAGGGGAUUUAAGUGAUAACUGAA